AUGUUGACAAGACGAGAAAAGCUUUUAACAAGGCCUUGGCAAUUAAGAAGAUAUAAUUAUCAUAAAAAAAAGUUGGUAAAUGCUGUCUCGGUUAUAGAUAUUGGUCCCCCGGCAGAAAGAGAUCAUGUAACGAUAAAAUUAAAAAAACUUCAAAAGGAAAGAGAAAGACAAAUGAAAAUUGAAGAUGAAAAUUUUAUACUUUUACAACAUUUAGGAUCAAUAAUGUCGAAGAAAAGAGUGGAUAAUUAUUGGGAAAAAGAACCGCCGACAUUUUUAAGAAGAGUGAGCAUCUAUCACAAAACAAGAAGUCCGUCACCUUGUUUGGAAAUAUCACCGGAAUCAACGCCGAAAAAAUCAACGAGAAAAUUAAAAUGUUCAGCAUGCACUCCCCAACCUGAAAAAAUAACAUCGGGUCCCGAAGAAAGAAUACCGUGGGCACCACCGAAAAAAAUUUUAACAAAACGUUUAAGUAAAUCAGCCGUUUGUCCCGUAUUAUCCGAUUUUGAUUUUCCUAAAAUUCAUCAAAAAUCAAUAUCAACAAAAUCUAUAGAAAAAUCUAAUAAAAAUUAUUCCGAAUCUUCUAUUCAAAAAUUUUCAAAAAAAGAUAAUAAUGAUAAUAAUAAUAAAUGUGAAAUAAUUGAAAAAAAUUCAAAUUUGCCAUUUUUAAACGAUAGCAAAACAAAAAAAAACGUUAAAUCUGAUCAAAGCGUUAUACUUCGUCAGGGUAAAUUAAAAAUAAUCGUUAAUUUUCCAUCAUUUGCUGAAAUAAAAGUUCUUAAGGGUAAAACAGAAAAAUAUUUACAAAGAAAUUUUUGCGAAUGUAAAAGUUUUCAAUCCGUUAAAUAA